AUGAGACCGACUCAGAUGCUCCGAAGCGGCGCUGCCGACCCUAAGAACGGACACUACAUUGGUAACUGGGGCCACUUCGGUGGUGAGAAGCAGCGAGGUAUCAUCACCUACGGUCUGUCCGCCAACCGACAGAACCCUUGGGCCGGCGCCUCCCACGAUGCCAUCUUCAACACUUUCCGCCGCACCAAGUCCCAGAUCUUCUUCUGGCUCCCUCCCAUGGUUGCCGGUUACUGGAUGAUGAACUGGGCCAUCGAGCGAAGCGAGUACCUUAACUCCAAGGCUGGUCGUGCCGAGUUCGGUGACGAGGAGGAGUAA